AUGUCCAAAGAAUUAGAUAAAAUCAACGAGUCAAUCAAGAACGACGACUUAGAACAAACCAAUUUGAGAUAUGCUGCAUAUGCUAAUAGAUUUAGAACCAUUUUAUUAGCUUCUCAUAGAUAUGUAGCUUAUACUUCUGAUAUUGGUGAAAGUUUCAGACCUGUUGCUCACCCAUUUUUAGUAUCUUUUGGUUAUGCUGUAUCUUGGAUGUAUAUUUUAGGAGAUGUUGGAUACGCUAGUUGGAAAGUCAAAUUGAGAUCAGAAGGUAGAUAUACUGAAGGAUUAAAACCCUGGGAUACCAUUCCUGAAGCCAACCCAAUUGCUAAACAAGCUUUUGACGCAUCAAGUAAUAGUGUCGUAGAUAAAGAUUGGAGGUUAUCAGCCAUCAAGAGAGGUAUUUUCCAAAGUAUUGCCUCAAUGGGGUUACCAGCUUUUACCAUUCAUAGUGCUGUAAGAUAUUCAUCAUUAUUAUUCACAAAUGCUCCUAAAAGUUUCAAGACUUAUGGACCAGUUGGUAUAGGUUUGAGUAUUGUACCAUUAUUACCCUACGUUUUUGAUGAGCCCGUUGAACAUGCAGUUGAUUACGUUUUCGAAAAGGGUGAAGAAUUUUAUAAGAAAUCAUUAUCAUAA